GAUUCAAACGCUAAAAUCACUCACAGAUCUUCACAUCAAUCACUCCCAAACCCAAAAAUGGCUUCAAUCAAAUCCGCUGCAUUGCGAUACAGCUCUUUCGAUUCUCGAUCUUCGACUCAGUCUCACCAGUCCGAUCCAUCGUCCUCCACCGAGCUCAACAAACCCAAGCAAUCCUCCCUCAAACGCCUCAUCGCCGGAUCCACCGCCCGCCGGAGCCAAUCUCCGGCCGCGGCAGCAGAGCACAACUCUUCGCGUGCCAUCGUCAAGGCCAAAUCGUCGGACGUAGCUCAGGUGAGAGUGAAGAACGAUGAGAAUUUUAGUGCAAUGGUGAAGAAAUUGAUAGAGAAGAGGGCGGCAAAGCCGAAGAAGGCGGCGAAUUUGGUCAUUCCGGCGGAUUUUAUAGCGGAGGAUUUGAAGAAGACUGCAAAGAAUGGGUCGAAUUUCUCCGGUUUGCAUCGGAAGCUGUUUGGAAAGGGGUUGGGGUCGGGGUCGGUGGGGAGUGAGAAGAAGGCUUUGACGGAGGUGAAAUCGAAUACGAGGACUCUGGCUAUGGUGCUUAGGAGUGAGAGGGAGCUUUUGAGUCAGAAUAAGGAGCAGGAAGGAGAGAUCACUGAGCUCAAGAUGAUGCUAGAGGGGAAAAACAGAGAGGUAAUAUAUACUCAUGUUAUGGAUAUAUAUGAUAUGUAUAUGCAUGUGUUUGAGUAUAUGGAUAUAUCAUAGUUUUUGAUUUAAUUGUUGAAAUUUGAAGAUUGAAAAUGCAUUACUGGGAUUGCAAGAAAUAUCAAAGCUUUUAAUGAAUUUGAAUGUACCCCUGUUUCUCAGGAAAAAAAUAUGUUUCUCAAAAAAUGGAACUUCAAGUUUUGAAUUUGACGUGCUGAUAAAACAUUGGUUGUUUUAUUUUUAUUUGUUUUAAUGUAUUUGAUGGUGUCUAAAUUUGUGAUAUUGUGAGAAGACAGAGAUUGUAGAUUUGACAUU